ACAGGGACAUCGCCCUGAGCUGCACAGGGAGAGGGUGAGUGUGUCCCUGCUGAUCUGAGCUCUGCAGGUCACAGGGACCCAUGUCUUCCUGAAGCGUCUCCAGGGCCGGGUGGCACUGUCCAUGGCGGCUGACGUGACAACCCCAUGACAGAGAGGAGGGCCUCCAAGUGACCACCACCCGUGUGUCUGUCUGUCCAUCUGCCUGGCACCAGGGCCUCCUCCAUCUGCUCAACUGAGGCCUCCGGGAGAAGACACCAUGACCCCCACCCUCAGGGCCCUGCUCUGCCUCGGGCUGAGUGUGGGCCUCAGGACCCCAGUGCAGGCAGGAGGCUCUGAGGACCAAUACCUCCCAACCACGGAGUCAGGCCCACAGAGGGGAGACGUUCCCAAACCCUCCAUCUGGGCUGACCCAGGCCCCAUCGUCACCAAUGGGGGCUCUGUGACCAUCUGGUGUCUGGGGUCUCUGCAGGCUGGUGCCUACGUUCUGUAUAAAGAGAGGGGCUCUGAGCCCUUGGAUACCAGGAUCCCACAGGACUCCAGCAACAAGGCCGGUUUCCUCAUUGAAGCCACGACCCAAUCCCAUGCAGGGCUGUACCAGUGUGCAUAUUACAGCACUGGGGACAUACUGUCAGAGCGGAGUGACCCCCUGCUCCUGGUGGUGACAGGAGUGGGCGAUGCACCCUCCCUCUCAGCCCAGCCAAGCCCUGUGGUGGCCUCAGGAGGGAACGUGUCCCUCUCCUGUAGCUCACAGUUCACAUCUGGCCCUUUCCAUCUGCUGAAGGAGGGAGGGGCUGACCCGCCCCGACACAUGGAAGCAGAACCCAGGAUGCAUGCUAGGAGGUGGCAGGCCAUCUUCCCUCUGGUCCCUGUGAGCACCUCCCAUGGGGGGACCUACAGAUGCUAUGGUUCUUCCACCAUCUACCCCAACGUGUGGUCACAGCCCAGUGACCCUCUGCACAUCAAGGUCACAGACUACACAGUGGAGAAUCUCAUCCGGAUGGGCGUGGCUGGCUUGGUCCUGGUGGUCCUCGGGGUGCUGCUGUUUCAGGCUCGAAAUGACACCAGAGGGACCCUCAAUGCAGCCAGGAUGUGAACACAGAGGCAACAAUGCACCGUUCAGAGUGGGGGAGCCUUGGAGCCCAUCUGAUGAGCCCAGGGGGUGCUGAAAGAGAAUGUGGACCAUAAUUGGGCAAACUGUCUUCUGAGAACGUGCAGGGGAGAAGACGAGGGUCCAGGAGAACGUGGGCCAUGUCUCUGUAGUGGACGCCCCCUCCAUCCACCUGGGUGCUCUCCCUCCCUCCCUGUCCUCGUUGACUCUCCCUCAUUGCCCUUCUGUUCUCACCCUGUGUGUGAGGGUCCAUCCCACCUGGCUGGUUUGGAUUCACAU